AGGAAGGAAUAGACGGUAGGCGACGGUAGGCGUCGGUUUAUUGAUCCCGGGGCGCUGCGGCGCUACCCAACCGCGGGAUCACCUGCAGAUUUUACCACUUUCCAACUCCAAAAAUUACAAAAAAAACAAAAAAAAAUUGAACCACCACCGCAGCAGUAGCACAUCUCCACUGUAAAGUCUCAUCAGUCAAACAGUUUACCCCUGAGUUCUGUCUACCGGCUAGUGCGUUUCCUCCUGGGUGUGAAGUGAUUUUGUUUUUUAAAUAAAUUGUUGGCGUUAUUAACAAUGCAAUGAACGUGAUUGUUGGGGAUGACAGAGGGACCUGGACGGUCUGGUGCUACAAUAACGAAAGACUGAACAUCGUCGACAGGAGAACGAGGGUUACCAGGGUGUUGGAGCGCCGCGGAUCUGUCAGUGUUGGACAAGGGCUGCUCGGACAAUUGAGUGCACCGAGGUCCUCUCAUUGUGCGCAAUUCCUGUGCAUUUAGAUUUAAAGGGCCCAGCCACUGAUUUUGUAGACUUGUGGGGAUUUUAUUUGCGCCCGGUGGCGCUGAAAUGGGCCCCACCAGCAGUCGGGAGGAUCAAUUCGUCGAGCCCAUCGGCGACGAUGAUGGCCUACAGAUCAAUCCACGUCCUACUUCGACAAUUACGGAGAGUGAGUACUCGGUGGAGGAGCAGACACGACUGACUGAUGGAGGUGUUGAUGAGACAUCUCCGGAUGAUGAUGGGGGUUCACUCUGCGAAUACCAUGAUAUACCACCACCACCUGAUGGUGGAUAUGGUUGGGUUGUGGUAUUCGCCUCGUUUAUGUGUAAUAUGAUUGUCGAUGGUAUUGCAUAUACAUUUGGAAUAUUUUUGGAGGAAUUUGUGAGGUACUUUGGCGAGGGAAAAGGAAAAACAGCAUGGGCUGGAUCAUUGCUGUCUGGAAUGUAUCUUAGUGCUGGUCCUGUUGUGAGUGCUCUUACGAAUAAAUAUGGAUGCAGAGCAGUUUGUAUAGCUGGUAGUUUUAUUGCUGCUGCGGCAUUUUUCUUAUCAACAUACGUGAAGACUGUGAAUUCGCUGAUGCUGAUUUAUGGGGUUUUGGGAGGAAUCGGCUUCGGUUUGAUUUAUCUGCCGGCCGUUGUCUGUGUUGGUUAUUAUUUUGAAACCAAGCGAUCAUUAGCAACUGGCAUUGCGGUUUGUGGAUCGGGCUUUGGAACAUUCGUAUUUGCUCCUCUCGCAACGACACUUAUCGAAGAAUAUGGUGAUUGGAGACAAGCACACUGGAUACUUGCAGGCCUUAUACUUAACUGCGCUGUAUUUGGAGCGCUGAUGAGACCACUCGAGUACCCAAAGCCAUCGUCCGUGAAGCCGCUGCUUCAACGAAUGGCUGAGGAGAAACGAUUUCAAAUGGAACGUGGGAGCAUUGGGGGCUCGUACUUCAUGGUUCAACUUCCAGAUGGCUCGAUGGAGAAGCGAAUGAAGAUGCCAAUUAAUAUUGAUCCUGGUGUACACUCCAGUUUCAAUCUUGACCAAUUAGUGCCUGGAACGCCUUUAACACCAGUACCCACCGUGCCGACCCUGCCAACAAUAUCGGAGGUCAAGGUCCAGGAGCACUCAUCGAGUGCAGCAACAAGCAAGAGUGGUAGUAUGGAUCUGAAGACAGGCAAGUCAAGAAGCAGAAAGAGUAUUGACGAAACCAAAGAUACAAAGGACAGCGUUGACAAAACAGAAAACGAGUUUAAUAAACCGAUAAUACCGAGGAAUGCCUCGCAGCCGGCGUUCACCACUCACGUUCAAGGUCUCCCCAAGAACGGUUCAGUUCCUUUUUUCGAUAGAAUCAGAAAGACGAGCACUGGAGAACGCUACAAGCCGAGUUUAAGUGCAAUCAAAAAUUCGAGAACAACUCUAAAUUCCAAUGGGGACAUUCGUAAAAGUCUUCAUCUGAGAUUGUCCAACAGCAGCAUACUUGGCUCUCGUCUCAACAACAUGGAAGCUGAUGAUGGUGAGAGCAUAACAUUUACCACCAGCAAGUCCAGUAUACCAGCACCAAAGCAGAAGACGAGCAUCGUUCGUCCAAUGUCACGAAAGGAUAUAUUCUACAGUGGAAGUGUUCUCAAUUUACCAGAGUAUCAGAGCCAAAAGUCACUUGCUAACUAUCGCCAGAGUGUCCUGUCAUUACCAAAGUCUGUUCGAGGGGACAUGCGAGAUGGGGACGUGGAGAAACCACCUCUCCAGCCGCUGUGUCCAUGCUUCCAACUACCAGAGUCGUUUACUGAGGCCCUGGCGACGAUGAUGGAUGUCUCGCUCUUGAAGAAUCCAGUUUUUCUGCUCAUUGGCAUCAGCAAUGUCUUUGGCAUGGCCGGACUUUAUAUACCGUUUUUCUAUCUUGUGGAUGCAGCUGUGGCUAAGGGAAUCCCCAAGAGCUCAGCAUCCCUCCUGCUCUCCAUAAUUGGGAUAACUAAUACUGUUGGGCGUAUAGUAUGUGGUUUUGUAGCGGAUUUUCCCCAGGUGGAUUCUCUCCUGCUGAACAACAUAUGUCUACUAAUUUCGACAGUGGCUGUCAGUGCAACACCUCUCUGCACCACUUUCCCAGCAUACAUUGUGAUGAGUGUUUUCUUCGGAAUAGCAAUUUCUGGAUAUAUUUCACUGACUUCAAUCAUCCUCGUCGAUCUCCUGGGACUAGAUAAACUAACAAAUGCAUUCGGAUUAUUAAUUCUGUUCAGAGGGGCUGCUGCAAUUGUUGGGGCACCGCUCGCCGGUUGUAUCUACGAUUUAACAAACACCUUUGAUAUUCCAUUCUACAUGGCAGGAUUUUUCUUCUUUCUUAGUACUGCCUUCAGCUUUGUGGCACCUGCUAUGAAACGCUUCACAACUCCACAGACUCAACCAAUUAUUAUCGAUACGCUAACACCAAUUGACGAAGAAGAUAACGAAGAGGAAAACGAAGAAGACAUCCCCGAGAUAAUAGAAACAGCAGCAUCACCUCUAGAUCCUCCCGAGAAGGAGAUAAAACAAAUAGAAUCCGUUUUAUAAAAAAAUUUGAGCUUUCAUUUUAAGCUUUAAGGGCCACCGUUUCCGAGCCAUGCCUCCAAGUCUGGGAAAUAAUAAUAAAACCGAUUAUAAAACCAAUUGCUUAACAACAAAGGUAACUGAAUUUUCUUAUGAAUUUAUUGAUAAAUGCACAAGCUUAGAGAGCAACAAGAUAAACAAUACCUGUUGAAUUUCUUUUUUUUUUUACUUACCAUGAAAUUCUCCAGAGACCGAGUUGCUCUUCACUUACGGCUGUUGAUGUUUAAAAAAAUAAAUAAAUAAAUAAAUAAAAAUCCAAUCAAUCAGUAUCAGUCAACAGUAUAAAGCAAGUUAUAUUUAGGAAUGUAAAGUGGAUAAUGCUUUCUUACUCAUUUGUCGACGAGAAAAAUACUCGAAAAAGAUAAUUGAAAAGUUGAAAAAAAUAAAUGAAAUGAGAAUGUACUUAGGAACAAUCGAUGGGAGUGAUUAAAGAUGAAUUAUUUUUCGAUCGACUCCUGAAAGCGAAGGAGCUCGUAUUCAUUUUAAUUUGUCAAUAAAAGAAAGAGUAUAUAUGUGAAUAAGCCAUAACAAGAGGAACAUAAACUGACAACAACAAAUGAAAAAAAAAAUAUGUACAUAACAAAGAAAAAAUUUAUGCCAUAAUAAGUUAAAUUAAUUGAAAAGUCCGAGGGGUGUUUAGCUGGCGCUGGUGGAAUUUAAAUUUCAAAUGUAUAUAAAUAUUUUCAAGAACCUCAACCACUUGUAAAAUAGUGUGUACAAUAGUGUGUUAGGGAUUUGAGAUGUUACUUUGAUUUUAAUUUCGAAAAUUUAUCCGCAACGCCAGCAUAGGAAUAAAUUUUUGAUCCAUUAAACGAUAAAGUUGUCACAAAAAGAGGAAAAAAGUAUAAAGGGAGCAGACUUGAGUGGUCUCAGCAGGCAAUACUAUUCUCAAGCGAAUAGCCAGCAUUUUCAUUUUAACAAAUCCACGUAAAAUGAUAAUAAUAAAUGAUAAAACUGAUUGUUUAGAGAUAUUCAUAAUCGAUGUAUGUUUUUGAAUUAUCGUUAAUAAAUUUUCACCUAGUUUGUGUUAAUUAAUCGAUUAUUAUAGAUAGAUUAAAUGUCCACGAUUGUGGAUUCAACUGUUGUACUAUUAACAAUAACAUAUACCAAUUAAUUAACACAAACUAUCCAAUUAACUAAUGAGAAUCAAUGUCGCUGUGGUAUUCACGCUAAAAUACCUUAUAUACUUAAAUGAAUUGAAACCAAAUCUAGUGGCUAUCGAUUCGAUCUAGAUAAAUCAAGUGACAAAAGAAACGAUGAUGGUGAUGAUGAUCAUGUUCUAGUGAAAAAUGUGUAUACAUCGUUAUGUGAUUAACAUAUGUUUUUUAAUGACAUCUAUUGUGUAGAGAGGAGAUUUAAUGAUGAAUCAUGAUGGAUGAGACUAAAAAUUUGAAGGAAUAACUAUGUAAAUCUACACUUGUAUAUAUUUCCAGAAAGCAGUGAUGUCAAUGCGAAAAGAUUAGGGAAAAAAUUGGCUCAUUAGAGAGUAAUUAAUUAUCAAAGAAACAAAUUGUUGAGUAGAGUGAACAGCAGGAUUAUGGAAAAAAUUGUGAAAUUAUUUCCAUUUUUCGUCCUUUUUUUUUCAAAUUGGAUACAAAUACUUGCCCAUUUGAAUAAAUAUAAUCACAAGCAAUAAAUCGAAUCAUUGAGUAUUCGCGCAUGUGCUCACGCACAGUACUGAAAAUGAUAUUUUGAUUUUCACCUAAAUUUAAUUGAAUAUUUAUAACCUAAUGAAAACAAUAAACACUGAUGAAUCAUUGGAUUUUUGCAGGGAGCGUGUGCACAUGUGUGCUUGUUGCGUAUGUGUGUUUUCAGUUGUUCGUGUAUGUGAUGAAAUAAUUGAUGAAGAAUUAACGGAUUGUUGGUGAGCCGGGAAAUUAUAUUUUCACGUGCUGAAUUUAAAUAUCAUGCACUUGGAUUCAAUGAGGGUGAUUACGAUGAUUAUUAGUUACAUUAAUAGACGAACGCUGUUGAUUGCCUAUGCGCAUUGCACGCUCUAUUUUGUGCAUACGUUACUAUGUAUUAUGGUACAAAUAAUGCGAUGGGAGAAUAUCGAAGAAAUGUAAUAAUUAGGUGAUGUUUAUUGAAACUGACAGAUGAUAAAGAAUUACAAAUUUUUAUUAUUGAA